AUGGCGCAAAUACCGCUAUCGUUCUUCGACAAUGACACGAAAAAUAUGUUAAAUACAUUGAAUAUUCGGCUCAAUGAUAUUGACUUGAAACUGAGCAUCGUCAUUGAGCUACUUGCAACCAGGCUUCCAGACCAAAGACUUACCUCAAUUUUUACAUCACCUCCUCAAACUGUUAUCUCGGAAGCCCCACCACAAUCCUUCACUCCAUCUGCUACAAACAGCACUUCUGAGAAAACUAGCUCAUUGAAGAUUCAGACGGAGCUCAAAGAGGAUUCUGACGGAGAUUUGGAUAUGGAAGGAGAGGAAGACACCGAAGAAAUGUUCGAAAAUGAAAGUCAGCCAAGUCAGCGCAACGCGUCGCCAAAAGAGACUGAAGACGAGAAGGUUAUGCUAGAUGGACCAUUCCCAGAAGGAGCUGUCAAACGUGCAGCUGAGAAGGCCGCUCGCAGUUUCCAAAGCACCCAGCCAAAGGUGUUUGCGUGGCAAAUUCUUCGCGAGUCAGUCACUGAUGAUGAACUUCGCAACGUGCAAAUCUCAUUGAGAACUUUCCAUGGAGAAACCGCUGAUCAUCUAUUAAGUCGACAAUUACCCAAGAUUCGCCUUGUUGUCGAGGCCACCAUGCGUUACUUCAAAUGGGACAUGCUUUCAGCGGAGAGUCAAUUAAGCAAAGCAAAGCUUAUUUUGAGCCAUCUCAAGAAUAAUGCAAAGGUUCGCAAUUGGACAUUGAGAGAGGGGCGUCCGAAUAGAGUUGCUCCUAGUACUCCACCAAUGAGUAUGGACAUGAUUUGGAAGCGUUAUGUCGCGCUUCUUGGGCCUGCCGGACUCGCUGCAGCUGGAAUGCUACCAAAUGGCUUGAAUCAAGCCAUGUGCAACAACACUCAAGGAACUGCUGUUCCUCAAAUCGACCCAUCUCUCUUCAAAGUGGAAUCAUCAUAA